CAGUGGAAAAGCUCUUCCCACAAAAGAGUGGUCAGCUUUGAUGCCCUGGGCACCCAUAUACUGGCACAGUUCUCUGCAGGGCACUUUGACAGAGUGUGUAUCCAAAGCCUUAGUCAUGGGCCUGCUCUGACCCAGCGCUUUACUGGAGAUCUAUUUUAAAGAAAAAAAAGUGUGCGAAGAUGAAUGUACGUGGAUGUUCAUCACAACAUUGUGUAUAAUAGUAUCAAAUUGAUAACAACCUGUAUGUACAACAACUGAAGAUUGGUUAAAGAAUCAAGAUCCAUCAGUAUAUAAAAAUGAAGCUGUAGAUGCCAAAUGUAAACCCUGAAAUUUUUCCCCUGGGUUUUGGGAUAAGCGCUGUAUUUUCUUUAUUUUUUUCCUCCAUUUAAAAAUGUUUAUGCAGUCAAUAUCUAUAACGUUUACAAAGCAAAAAAAAAGUUGACAAAUAAUUUUAAGCCAGCAAUAAUGUAUGCUCAUUUGCAACUGAUAGAAUUAUGAGUGAUUUCUCUGUUUUUUAAAUACUUUACCAAAGGCAUAUAUUAUUUUUGUAAAAAUUAUUUGAAAAUAAAAUAAAGCCUCUGGAAGUGAAAAGGUGUCAUGCAUUUUUUCACCUCUUUGUUUCAGGUCAGUCCCAUGGCUAUUCCAUAUGACUCAAAUGAAGUGUCCUAUUUGCUGCCUUCAAACAAGGAGGACUGGGAGGAGCAAGGCAUUCCUGACUUUGUCUAUGGGCAGGAGGAACUCCUGAUGAGAGAGAUUCAGUGGCCCAGGAAUGCAUCUGGUGUUCCAGGAGCUCUGCCACUGUCUCGCUUCGACUCUGCCGUCUGCUCUGCCUGGAGGCAGCGGAUGGAGCUGGGUCUGUUUCGUUACCACCUGGGGGAAUUGCAGACCCAAACACUCCCUGGUGCCGUAGGUUUUGUGGCUCAGCUAAAUGUGGAGCGAGGGGUGCAGAGAAGACGCCCCCAGAGCAUCAGGAGUGUGAGGCAGCCAUUUGACCCAGAACAGUUUAACUUCAACAAGGUUCGACCGGGAGAAAUCCUCUUCCGUUUGCACCGAGAGCCUGAUCUGCCCGGUGCUGUCCAACAAGAGGACAUCCUUGUGAUGAUCAAUGUCAGCCCCCUGGAGUGGGGCCAUGUGCUGCUGGUGCCCGAGCCUGCCCGGGGGCUCCCCCAGCGCCUGCUGCCAGGUGCACUGCGGGCUGGAGUUGAGGCUGUGCUGCUGAGCCUACACCCAGGCUUCCGUGUUGGCUUCAACAGCCUGGGUGGCUUGGCCUCAGUGAACCACCUACACCUGCAUGGCUAUUACCUGGCCCAUAGACUGCCCGUGGAGGGGGCACCAAGUGAGCCCCUGGACCCUGGAGGCCAUCUGCAUUUUCUCCAGGCCCUCCCAGCUCCCGGCUUCCUCUUUUACACAGGCGGCCCAGGACCUGACUUGGAAGCCUUGGUAAGCAGGGUGUGUCGGGCCACUGACUACCUGACCGACCACGAGAUUGCACAUAACUUAUUUGUGACCCGGGGGGCCCUGCCUGGAAAGACAUCACCUUCCUCAGCCCUCACAGGGGUUCGAGUCAUUCUCUGGGCCCGGAAGUCCAGCUUUGGGAUAAAGGAAGGCGAGGCUUUCAAUGUUGCCCUCUGUGAGCUGGCCGGGCACCUCCCCAUCAAAACAUCCCAGGACUUCACCAGCCUGACAGAAGCAGCUGCUCUGACCCUGAUCCAGGACUGUCUGCUGCCUCCAGCCCAGGCAGAAGAGGUCCAGGCAGCACUGGUGGCCCUGGUGGCCCAGGAGGAGCAGUAAUCCUUACUGAGCAAAAGCAAAAGAAACCUUGGGUCUGGAUCUCAACAGAGAUGAUCCUCACUGCCACCACUGCUGCCCCAAACACCUUGGGAAACAAGAAUCCUUGCUCAGAAGAUGGGAGGUCAGAGGAGG